AAACGAGCAGCUGUCAUAAUGAACAAAUGGAUAAACUGUGCUAGUAUACAAUCAACCUGAGAAACCGUAAAAAACUGUACUGCAUAUUUUCAUUGACUCCAGAGAUGCUGCUUUCAACUAGUUGUAUAGUCAAACUUUUGAGAAUAUUUAAUGUGGAUAUAAACUAUUUCAAUACAUAGCAUGGAUUAUAUAAUUUAUAUACAUAUACCGUAUAACAAGUACUGAAAUAUAGUUAUUGUUUACAUAUACAUACAUACAUACAUACAUAUACGCAUAUAUACAUAUAAAGAUAAGGGGAGAUUAAAGCAUACUUCCUUUCAUUCAUGUGUACAUAUUCCUGUUCAACUUUUAUAAUUUCAUUAUAUCAUAUUCUAUAUCUUACAGAACAAAUGAUUCAACCUAUGAUUUUAACUAAUAAUUUAUCUACUACUGAAACAAAAAUUAGUAAUAUUAGUAGAGCUGAUGCCUACAUCAAUCAUACAAUCAAUGGUAAUUAUUUAAAUCAUAAUUUCAAUAUAAUUGACUUAAAUAAUAUUAAUAGUACACAAAAGAUCAACCAAACUUUGGAUCAUAAUUAUUCGAUUGAUAAUGACGAUUUUGAGGAGGAAGCAGAUUCUGAUGAAACUCCUUUCAAUUAUUCCGACAUAGAAAUGGAAGAAUGGGAUAACAGCACUUUAGAAGAGGAUAAUUCACACAUUGACAAUACAGCUGAACAUUUUGACUUAUCGGUCAGUCCAUCAUCUUUAACAAAUUUAACAAAGCAAAAAGUUGAUAUUCAUUUGGAUUCUAAUACAAAUUUACGAUUUUUAAAAUAUUUUGUCGGUGAAACAAUUCGUAUGCGUUGUAUUAUACCUGAUGGACCAUAUGUGGUGAUAUGGAAUAAAAUCGGUAUGGAGUAUCCUCUGACAAUUGGUAAACGAAGAUUUAUACCAGACGACAGAAUCAGUGUAAAAUAUAAGCCACCAGAUAGAUGGAGACUUCGUAUAAGGAGCGCCAGGUUAACUGACAGUGGUGUAUAUACAUGUACAAUGAAAGCAAUACACAAAGAGAAAGGUGAAGAGGAUAAUUCGACUCAGUCAAAUGAUAAUAAAUGGUCUUGUGACAAAAUGAAUGAUAAUAGUAACAGUCAAGAUAUAUCAGAAAAUUCAACUUUAAAACCAAGCAAUCCUGACUAUUACAUAACCGUAGUUGAACCGGAGGUUAAUGAACACAAACAAACCGACGCACCAUUCCCUGUGGUACAAAAGACUUUGGCUAAAAAUCCAACACUCACUGUCACUGGUCCUAAAGUGGCAUACUAUGGUAGACCAUUAGAGCUGAAAUGCUAUGCAAAAUUCCCUACAUCAUUUCAAAUAUCUGACCACGAAAUAAUACUGGAAUGGUAUCAUAAAGGAAUUCGAAGGAAAUCAGAUCCAUAUAAUUCUGGAAGUCUAUACAUAGAACAAAGAUGGCUUAAUUCAAAUACCCUAGAAAGUCGAUUAUAUAUAAAACAAGCCAGAGAAACAGACACAGGUCAAUGGAUUUGUUUAGAACGUUACAGAUCUCUUCAGAAGACAAGUCAUGAUUUAUCUAAAUAUAUGCAUUUGACGCCAGAACAUAAGAAUCUCCAUACCAGAGAUCAGUCAAGUAAUGGUCAUCCCCCCAAGUCUCUUAUUUCAAAGGAACUUCGUCUACCUCCUGUGUCAUCUAUUCUACCUACAUCGAAAGUUACUUAUGGUAGAAUUGAAGUGGAGAUACUUGAUUUGUCAAAAGCUUCAAUUCAUUUGAAGGCAACUAAAUCAGAUAAUCCCCGACAUAUAUACAGCUAUAUUCAUUCAAAUUCGAAAUUGCUACGAACAAAAUCAACCAAUUCCGCUGCCUAUACCCUUAAAUUCACUUGUGAUUCUUUCAUAAUCAUAUACUUGUCAACAAUAAUUAUACUGUGUUUUUCUAUGACAACAUUAUUAACAGAUGUAAUUAUGUAA